GCGGUGCCUGGGGACUGAGAUUUCCACUCCACACUAGCCAGGUAUGAUACACACAGAAAUGUCUCCAUUACUUCAGUGCAGCUCUCAACCAAGUGACAGCCUGCAGGUUCCUGGAAGCCGCUAGUCUUCUGGGAAGACAGUCUGCAUCGAGCACAGGUAAAACAGCCUCUAUGUACUGCACCUUAACCAAAUGCAAUUGAUUGAGAUGGGAGAUUUGCACAAUAUGUGUGUGGAUGCUCAGCAGAUAAUACUGUCUAGUGUCAGUGCUGGUGAGAAGGCACUGAGGUUGGUCCCAGGACCAAGCAGCUGGAAGUUCAUUUCGCUGUAAUAAUACAUAAGAGAGAAAGUUUAACGUCAUUGACGGUGUGCUAUGAGGGGAGUUAGAUCAGAGAGCUGGGGUCUGGCUUGAUAGGGGUUAAAAGCCCGUGGCAUUCUUAGAAUGUCUGCCAGAUAUCCUGUCUGUGUGGUCUUUGUUCUGCUAGGUGCACUAAUGAAAUUCUCACUUUCUGAGACUCAUAAGAGAGGAACAUUUGUUAAUUUAGGCAUGCUGAAUCAAACCAUUGGAAAAAUACCCACGGUCUCCACUGUUACCUGUCUGCUGUUAAGGUAAAUAAUGACAUUGUUUUUAUUACUUUUGCUGAUAGAUUGGAGUGAAUUAUAGUGAACUUGGGAUAUGGAGGUUAAAUGAAGCAUAGAAUAAUUGACAAUGAUCAUCCAAUGCAAUUCAGAUACAGAAUAUUACACACAUAUAUCAGAUGUGUUUCUGUGUUAGUCAAAAUUACACUUCCAACUAAAACUGAAUGAGCUUUAACUGUAGUGCCUGGUCUGUUUCUAUAGACUAGUCUGUGAUGUCCAAUAUGAGUAUGCUGAUUGUGAUGAAUUACCUGUUUGAUAUAUGGCCUGCCCACAGACACUGAACCAAAAUCGUGCAGUUGAUCUGUCCAUCGGAUAUGUGGUACAACAGAAUAUAUAGCAGGGGUAUCAAAGAUUAUGUGAUUGAUUUCAAGAGGGGACAACUCACACAAAGUUUGUCAAUAGCAAACACAAACAUGAAUAUACUUACUACAAUAACAAUUUAUUUAGUUAAGGUCCCGGUGAACAUUUUUUUUACUGCACUUUGCUGCCAAAAUGUUGGGUUUAAACGUCAAAAUGUUAGAUGCUUGUACAACAAUAUUUCUAUGUUUAUUUUCAGCCUUAUAGGAAAUGCAUUUAAGCUAUAUUUUUAUAGUAUUUUCCACGCAUUACUUUGUAAGGAUUGUGCAGUAAAAAUACGGUGUCAAUAUAGUAAUGCAAUAGAGAUAUUUAUGUAAUUGCUCUAAUUAAAGUAAAUAGGCAAACACUUUACAGAUAUUAGAGAGGGUCUGCCAAUUAUUUGACUUUUACUUGACAGCUUUUGUUAUGUAGAUGAGAUUGUUUGAAGCCAGACACCACACUUAUUAAAAUGGCAUUCUGUCAGCUGUGUUGAUUACAUAUGCUAUUAUCAAAAGUCAAUUCUAAAAGGGCUACGCUUAGGGUCUAUAAAGAGGACCCCUUAUCGCAUCAUCACUUUAAAUGUUAAUAUCUGUCCUUGUGAAACACAAACUGAACUAGAUAGAUAGAUAGAUAGAUAGAUAGAUAGAUAGAUAGAUAGAUAGAUAGAUAGAUAGAUAGAUAUAUUAGAUACAUCUGGGAAUGGAUUUAGCAGAUACAUUGAGCAUUAUAUUUAGGGUGAAAGUAUUAUGUCAAUCAAAUAUAUUUAAUAAGUUGUGAGAAGUUUAUCUGAAAUAGUUUCACGCUCAGUCUCACGUGCUAAAACCAGUGUCCCUAAACAGAAAGAAUAAAAACUUAUAUAUACAGACAACACGCACACACACACGCACACACACACACACACACAUACACACAUAAUGCCGUGUUGUCAUAGUCGUUAAUAAUUAAUACAUUGGCAUUAAUGUUUAGGAACAAAUGUAAUAACGACAUGAAAGGCUAAGACAGUGUUCUCUGUGUCAUUUAUUGAUAGUCAAUGUAGUGUUUAUGUAUGAUUUACACCCUCGAAUACGAUUAUUAUUGUGAUAUAUUUGAUAAACCGACAUGUUGCUAUAGUAUUUCACUUAACACGAAGACAAGUAUUUUCAUCUGUAAAUUAAAGCAAUUACACAGCAUAUAUUAUAUUAUGUGUACAGUGGUCUCCAGAUAGUCAUCAAUCACCCCCAAUCGAGCUGUCAGUGUGGGCAGAUUCGUUUCUGGGAGGCACUCUUCCAGCUGGGGAAAAGAGAAGAACAUUGUCAUUAAUUAGAGUGUGACCCUGGGGCUAUCCACAUGCCUGAACCCAGGAUACUAUCUGAGCAAGUCAGCACACCAUGGUGGAUAGCAUUGUAUGGCCCAUCCUGACAGGGCACACCAGCCCCCCUACAGAACACUUACAAGUCCUGCUUUAAUUCUGCUUUGUAUCCCGCAGAACGUUUAACCCUUUCCCAACUCAGGGGGUUCUGCAAAUGCAUUGUCAAGGAAACAGGGUUAA